AUGUCAACUCCGCAAUCUUCCACUCCUUCAAAGAAAUUCAAUCAAGAAGAAUUGAUUAAACUUGUCAAGACUCCUGAUUUUGCUAGAUUUGUAGGUCAAUUCAUCACUUUAAUCAGUGUUAUUUUCUAUACUUUGACCUAUAUUGGAAUUGGAUCAGGAUAUUAUAGAUUUUGGUUUCAAUUGGCUUUAUUAGGAGUCAUUGAAAGUUUUGCCGUUGUGGUAUUUGAAACAGUUAAAACUUCAGGUUUCAGUUUUGGAGUAUUAAUUAAAGAUGAUAAUGUUCAUUAUUUAUUAUUAGCUUCUUUAUUAUUGUUUAUUAGAGCUUAUGUUUUAUUAACUUUAUUACCAUUUGGUAUUUUUGCUUUAUUCCAUGUUUUAAGUUAUGUUAAAGGAUAUUUAUUACCCGUAUUUGGAUUAGAACAAUCAUCAAUUACUAAACAAGUUGAUUCAUUCAUUAAGAAUUAUAAUGCUAAAUCAGUUCAAUUAACUGCUAUCAUUGAAAUUUAUGGUUAUGCUUGGUUACUUAUUAGAAUGAUAACUUUUAGAAAAAGAUCUUUAAGUCCAGUAUUAGCUUAUACUGUAUUUUUAAAGAAGAGAUUUGAAACUUCAAAUGUUACUAGAAAUUAUUUUAAAACUCUUGAAGUUCAUGGUGAUGGGUUAGUUAAUAAAGUAAAUCAUCCUGUGGUUAAACAAGUUUGGGUUCAAUUUAAAGAUGUACUUAAAAAAAUUGGUGGUUUUUAUUUAGUAAAUGAUUAUACUAAAGAAGUUGAAAAAUCCCUUUAG